AUUACGCUCAGUGCUAGCAGAACAUAAUAUCAACUAUGGCGCUUGAGCAAAAGUCGGCCGCCUCCAUCGCCGAGCAGCCCUGGCGCUCAACAGACUUGCAAGGCCCGUCUGACCUUAGCGCCGCGCAUUCCACUGCCAGCUACGGCAGACCCCGAUCGUUCGAGAUCGUUGAAGCACCAGCUCAAAUCUCCACCAACACCUUUCACGUCCGUGACACUACUCCCCAUGAUAUAUUUCCAGAUGGUGGAACCAGGUCAUGGGUUGUUGUUUUGGGGUCCUUUUUCCUACUGAUGAGCAGUUACGGCAUGAUGAACUCUACUGGUGUCCUGCAGAGUUAUUUUGCCAGUCACCAGCUGUCGGACUACACCAGUAGUGUCAUCGGUUGGAUUCCGGGUCUAUUUGUCUUCUGUGGCCUGGGCUUGGGCGCCCAGGUUGGUCCGAUGUUCGACAGGUACGGACCUACGGGCAUUCUCAUUGCCGGGACGGCCUGCUACGUCGCGGGCCUGCUAUUGAUGGCUGAAUGCCAACUCUACUGGCAAUUUAUCUUGACCUUUGGUGUUCUCACUGGCAUGGGCGCUGCUCUGUUGAGCACGGCUGCCAUUUCUGCCGUUCCCCAUUGGUUCGAUCGCCGAGUUGGCUUGGCUAUGGGCACGGCGAUGGCCGGAGCGGGAGUUGGGGGAGUGGUAUUCCCCUGGGUUCUCCGGGCAGGGUUUAAGGACCUUGGAUACAAGUGGACCAUGCGGCUGCUUGCAUUGAUUGUGGGGACCUUGUGUGCGAUGGGAAUUGCUUUUGUUCGUUCUCGUCUACCAAGAAGCCAGAGCAAGCCGAGCAUCAACGUGCGUGCCUUCCAGGACGCCAGGUUUACCUGGUUGACCAUGGGAACAUUCAUCAUGGAACUGGAAGUCUUUGGCUGCCUCGGUCUCUACCCGACAUAUGUUGUAAUGCAGGGAUUUGGCACUACCACCAGCAUCAUCCUUCUGUCUAUUUUGAACGUGUGUUCUACCAUUGGUCGCCUCGUUGCUGGUGGUGUCGCAGACAAGUAUGGGCGAAUCAACACGCAGAUAGGACUGCUCGGCCUGGGUGCCGUAGCAGUCUUUGUCAUCUGGCUACCCUUCGGAAGCAAGUUGGCGGGACUCUAUAUCUUCAGCUGUGUAUAUGGAUUUGCUUCCGGUUCCUUUAUUAGUCUGGCGCCAGCUUGCAUCGGUCAAAUUUCCAAAGCCAGCGAAGUGGGAGGGAGAUUCGGGGUUUGCUAUCUGACCGUCAGCUUUGCUACCCUAAUCAGUAUCCCCAUUGGUGGUGAGAUGAUUGAGACGGUCGGAAAGCAGGCCAUGGUGGCCUUUCUCGGUGCCGUUCUGGUCAUCGCGAUGGGCAUGUUCUCCAUGGCGCGGUGGUCGUGCCUUAAUUACCGAUGGCGGUGGCAAGCUAAAAUCUGAAUUCUGUUUGGUAAGAAUCCGGUGCAACUAAGUGACUAAUAUGAGUCGGUCAUCACUGAAUUGGGCGAUAAAAGUUUGAUAUUUGGUUUCAACUUUCGGUGUCCUUUCUAUCUAAUAUCAAAAAUCCGCUAGCUUUCGGGGUGUUCGAGGCAGUCCUGGCGCCACAGCAACCAGUGACACAUAAUUAUUGGUUUCAUCUCUUUCUGAUCCCUGUGAAGCUAACUUUAUUGGGCACAUUUACCUCGUGUGUGUCAUCGUGUUGGGGAAGUUUGGGGGAAUACUUGGCUGUUGAUGCCGCCGGAAACAUCGAGUUAGGGCUGCGCGGGGAUAUCGUGGCCGUGAUUGGUGCAUUGGCCCAAUUGAAUUAAUAUCCCGCCGGAGCCAACCCGAGCAAUACAAGCAUAGGUUAUUUCUU